GGCUGGUUUGGUCCUUUGUGCAAAUACCAAUGCCACUGUAAACAAAACCAGUGCACACGUGACGGAAAUUGUCCACAUGGCUGUGCCAAAGGAUGGUUCGGUCCACAGUGUCAGUACGGUGAGUGAAUCGUUUGCUCUAUCCGAAUGUGUGUACAUGUUUGAACCAAGGAUGAUUAAUUAACACGCAGAUAAACGCGUAGUCAUAUUAUAUGUAAUGCCAUAUGGCUAUAUGGCUAAAUUUAAACAUGAAGCUUACUUGCUCGGCGUGUGGUAGGUGAGGCAGCAUAAAAUCCGUUGAGUUCUAAUUGAUGUUAAUAGGACUUUUUAUAUUUAAAACUUAACACAUCAUAAAUUACACUUAAAAAUAAAGAUGAAGGAUCUUGUACAAAGCAUUGCAACCCAUUCUAAGCAAGGCAAUUAUGUGACAUAGUGCAAAUAUAACCCACAAUUUAUUAUUUAGAAAGGAAAUAGACUUAAUUUCAUCGACCUGAUACAAUUUGUUUUUUCAUUAAGAUGUAGAUUAUAAUCAGCCAUCCGUUUAAUCAAUCGUAAUUUUUAUCCCUGGACAACGAAGCCAUUGAACUGAUAAUUCCCGGUUUGUAACAUACGGGUAUUUCCUAAAGUCUUAUAGUAAAAGCGAGGAGAGACUGCGAUCAGGUUGGCAAAGGAGGAAAUAAGUGAAACAAAGUUUGGGACAACCUGGGAAGAAGAAAAAAAUAACGCAAGAAAACAAAGAACGUGUCGCCAAGAAGACUUCAUCAGCGAACAAACAACAGCAACAACAUAGUUGAAUAAAAGUAACACCUAUCAGAAAUGUUGUAUCCGAAUGGACAUCGAGAGGAAUCAUUGUUGUUUUGUUGCGUUCUUUUUUUUUUUUCAGGUUUCCCCCAUUCUUUGUUUCGUAAAAUUCCUAAAGUCUUAUAUCGCUUGACGUACGUAAACAGAUCAAAUCUCCAAUGCUCUGCUUUCAGAAGAUAUUGGGCAGCUCAGUAAGAGCGGUUCCGAAGUAUUAUUCGAUGGAGACGAAGCAACAUGCCUUGAAACAGCAGAAGUGCAAAUAGAAUGGAACACAUCAAUACCUUUUACCUGGAUGAGGCUGAAUUUUAAAAAUCACGGUCAGUUCGUAUGA